AUGGAUUUGAAUAAAGAGAAUGACCUCCAAGACGAUCAUGCUAAGGAACUUGAGCAACUCAGGACCGCUUCUGCACGAAGCGAAGAGAGUUCAUUAGAAAAAGGAAGACGCAUGGAGCAGCUUCAAUUCGAUUAUGACGAAGCUAUGGAGAAGGUCCGCACAUUGGCGGACGAAAAAGCUGCUGGAGAUGCCGAAGUGCUCCGGUUACAAGAAGAGCUGUCGCGGAAGCAGAAUGAGUUGGUAUCUCUGCGAAUCAAAGAAGCGAAUACGGCUGCUCUCUAUAGCGAAGCUAAAUACAAAAUAACAACUCUAGAGAAAGCUAUGGAAGAGAGGUCAAGAGUCACGCAAAUCGAGACGGCUUCCUUCGAGAUCAAAAAGACCGCAAUAUUGAUGGAGAGUGAAGAAGUUGGUUUUUUAUUGCUUCAUAAGCGCAAACGACGCACACAUCGUCAAUGCUUGUGCGUUAUGCGUCAGAACCAGCGAUUCUCGAGACUGGAGUAGAG